AUGAAUAGGCUAACGACGCUUUCGAACGCAUUCAAUACGACGCGAAAGAUUCAGGUAAUGAAACUGUCGUUCAACCAGAUUCUGGACAUCAGCGUUGCUUUCAGCGGACUGACAGAGCUCCGUGAGCUCUACCUGAGGGGCAAUUUAAUUUCUAGCAUUCAGCACCUCACUUUUCAAGACAACAUUCGCCUAAUACACAUAGACUUGGAUUCAAACAAUAUCAGGUGGAUUGCAAAGCACGCAUUUGAAGGCCUUUUGUCUUUAAGAAGAUUGCACGUGGACAGAAACCUACUGCUUUCUCUCAACGGUUUAGUAAGAAAUCUGCCUCAAUUGCAAUUUCUGGGUGCGUCGUUCAACGCGAUAUCGAGCUUGGAAAGAUGCGAGUUUGGCAAUACCAGCGCUUUGACUGCCAUUUAUCUCGAGGCGAACAACAUCACCAACGUGGAAGGGGCUUUCAUCGGUGUGACUGGCCUGCUUUCCUUGAACCUAGGCAACAAUCAAGUGGAGCUCCUCCGAAGAAGUGACUUUGCGAUGGAAAUCUCGGGCCCUGUGGCUGUGACUAUUUACAACAACCCUUUGAUCUGCGACUGCAGGUUGGCUUGGCUUAUGAAAGAGGACAGUGAGAUUUGGGCAAGAGGAAUGGCAACGUGCGCGCAACCAAGGUGGCUUAAAGGAAAGCAACUGCGCGAAUUAGCGCAGGAAGAUUACUUCAGGUGGGAGGAUGGAUGCGAGCCUGGAUGGCAUUGCAAAUGCAACGGUGAAUCUCUGGAUAAACGAGAAAUUGAUGUGAACUGUUCGUCGGCGACUAUCGGCAGGAUUCCGAAAGUGUUGCCGGAUGGCACCAUACGACUGGACCUAAGCGGAAACCAACUGCGACACUUGGACGGCACUGUCAAAAAAGCAGCUCCUCAUCUCGAAGUGCUAUUGCUGAACAACAAUGCCUUGUCUGGUCUAAACGUGACCUCUAUUCCAGAGAAAGUGCAUUCCCUUGACUUACGCGGCAAUAAGCUCAAGCGUUUACCGUACUUGCUGGUGACACAACUGAACCUCACUUCCAUAUGGCUGUCUGGCAACUGCUAUGCCUGCGAGUGCGUGGACUACAGCUUUAGACAGUGGAUUCAAGCUCAUGGCAACGUGAAAGACCUCUGCCCCGCUGCGCCACCAAGAGGAGUGGUGUACCUUCUGCUGGUUUUCUGUCUCCUGGUGAUCAUAUUGGCGCUGUUGGCCGCUUAUCUACGCUACAAGCAGGCGCUGAAGAUGUGGCUACGUGUUCGUGGCGUGUGUGGUUUGGCGUGGGGCUUCGCGGAGGAGGAGCUGGACACGGAUAAGCUGUUUGAUGUGUUCGUGUCGUUCAGCAGCAAAGACGCGCACUGGAUACACGAAGAAAUCAUUCCGGGACUGGAGGCCAAUGGCUUCUCCUGCUGCACUUACGAGCGCAAUUUCAAGGGCGGUUUCCUUCUGCAGGAUAUCAUUCACGAUGCUGUGGCCUGCUCACGGCGGACACUUCUCGUUCUCACGCAGAACUUCUUGGCGAGUGACUGGUGCCGCUUGGAGUUCCGGUUGGCACACCAGCGUGCUCUGCAGGACAACGUCAAUCGGCUUGUCAUUGUCCUUGUGGACGAGCUGGUGCUUGGCGCACUUGAUGAAGACCUGCGGCUGUACAUGCGUGCAGCGAACUACCUGCGUUGGGGUGAGCCGAACUUCUGGGACCGGCUGCUGCACUCGCUGCCCACAAAAGAAGCUAAUAGAAAGCUCAUCAUCGACGGAAUGCCAUCGCAGCUGACCGCAAACGGCACUGGCGACAUGGAUCUUGAGUAGUUUUUAGAUGAAACCGUAUAGAUAAGAAUGAGGAUAGAAGGAAACCCCGCACAGCACAAAGUAAUGCAGUGUCAUUUUUAUCAUCGCGAAUACUCAUCAGCGCAAAUUAUGAGCGCCGCGCAUCUGCAUAAUACACGAGUCAUGACGCCCGCGUUCUCGUUCUGGAUCCGGCUUGCCGCAGCCGCCACUAAGUUUUCCGCCUUCGCUCAUUUUCAGAAACAAAUUUAGGAAUUGUGUCAGGUCACUUUAGCCGCCGUCACGAAUUCCUGCUUUGGUGACCAAGUAUAAGGCACUGUUCCCCGAGGAGGCCACUGCCAUGAAUCCUCCGCAGUUCAACCCACCGCUUCUACUGUUUUGGAUUAGAGGGCUGCUCGAACAGAUCGACGUCAUCGUGGAGUUGAAUGGGGUCAGCACAUAAACGGUAAAACACGCCAUCCUUGUGAGAGCGCUCGCGUGCAAAAUUCCGCAAGUUUGCGUCGUCCCGUCCGCCAUCCCACGACCGUACGACGAUCUGCGCUCGGCGGCGCUGGACUAUUACGGAUUCCGGUACAUCCUGCUUCCAGAGCUCGACCAUGUGGUACCACACCUGCCGCCACCAACUCCUUUGGCGUCUAUCGCCCCAGGUCUAGCACCUACCGCCUCUCUCCUUGCGCCCUGACACCACGUCGAGCCGCACCAGCUUCCGUCGGGUAAUGCUGUAUUGAUGGAGAUAUGCGCUACUCCCGAGUCCUUCGCCCCUGUCUCUAACGCACCGAGUCCGUCCUGAAGGCCUGCGCACCCUUUUUAUGUCUGGCGUAAUUCUAAUCGGAGUUGCCUGCCGUCUAUAGGGCUUUCUUGCCACCUUUCUUGCCGACAGCGGUGAGACCACAGACCCAGAGUCAGCUCCUGCGCCGCCGUUGCUUGUGUGUACAGCCGCGCUUAUGUUUACACACUACCCGAGAUCCAAAACUAGUGGACAUUGUGGCACCCACUAAGGUUGCGCAGGUGCCAUCGAUGCGACCCUCGCGUCGCCCUUCUAGCCAUACCAUGGCCUGGCACCACUCCGUCAAAAAUAAAGCUGUGACCUAUUGUGUAGUAGUAUCGUGCGUGCCACCACAGGCACGCAUAGAUUGUGCCUGUGCUUGUAUCGCUAUACUUCUGCUUCCCACAUGUACGGCUCGGUCCGUCUCAGAACAACAUGUCGGCUUGGCCAGAUCGUGCACAGAGCGUGCCUUUGUCGCUGCCCUCGUCCACUACGCUGAUUUCGCAUCCGUCUCCCAGAGGAUUCACAACCUGAACCACUGCCAACCCGUUGACGACUUGUUGUGACAAGCAACCUCGUACAUCCGCCAUAUCAGCGUUAUUUAGGCUUCAGCUAUAUGGGGGGAGCCAUCUGUAUGUCGUCUGUAUCAUCCCGAGAACUCAUCUGCCACAUCACAAGCGCAACAGACCUGCCGUAUUUGUUUGGGCGUUAUCGUCGCUAUUAGGCACCAGGCCGCGGUAUCAAACGUCGACGACCGCGGCUACGUUUCGAUGGUGGCGGAAUGGAAAAGCACUCGUGUACCGUCAUAGGCUACGCGUUAAAGGCCCCCGGUGGACAAGCAGUCCCUCACUUCGGCGUGCCUCAUAAUCAUAAUGUAGUAUUGGCACGUAAAACACGGAAUUUUAUUAAUCAGCGCCGCGUGUCUGCAUGUGACGCGAGAAACGGCCGAUCGCCGCAGCCACCCUUGCGCUCUCGGCAUUCACUCUUGUUCCGAAAUAGAUAUAGGGACGGGGGCACCACUCCUCGACCACCAUCGAAGGCCCGCGACAGCGGUGACAGUCCAGAACCAGAGCGGGUUUCAGCGCCGCAGCUCAGUGAGUCAGCCUCCAACCUGACGCCUGGCGUUCGCCCAGCGAUCGACCCUCCACCCAGUCUGUCCGCACCAUUUGGUGGGCCAGCGUCGAUAAUGCGCCAUGCCAAAACAUUUCAUUGGCCCCGCCUACAUGUUAGCCAUGUUAUCCGUGUGAUUAUGUAGUCCGCGUUCUCUCUUUAUUAUCAUUUUCCGCAGUCGCUCGUAAAAUCUGUAAGCUGCUUGUCCUCGCUUUGUGGGUCUGUUGGCAUUGCAGAUCUCUACAUAGGAAAUUAGGAGUCGGAUAUAUGUCCCCCCGAUCACAAUUCUUUUUAGGUGGACAAAUCUCCUUUAGGUGUGGAGAUCAUGUCCGAAGGAAAAGUUAUCGUCGUCAAUGCUUCGAGUAAGGAGAUAUGGGCCAGUCUAAUCAACAACCCGUAUUCAGAUAUUUCUAGGUCUGAAGACCACAGUAGGCGCAAUAAGCACAUUUUUGCCGAAUCAAGCUCAGCAGGGCCGACGCGAACUACUUUAGCUGCAGAAUUAAGUCGACAUACUCGCUCGUAUGCUGUGUCUUUAAACUUUGAGAGCGACGUACAGACCGAAUUGAAUGUGAAAGGAACAAAAACAGGAAGCAAAGCUUCAAGUUUAUUUUCCUUAUAAUUAAUUACCAGAAGAAAGAAUAGUACAAGCAAUCACACAUUUGCCCGAAACCACCCCUAAAAUUGCGUUUUUCUCUUAGUAACUGAAAUGUUGCAAUACCUUGGGAUCUUGCGUACGAAAAUUUCCCUAGUUGCUUGGUAACUUCCAAUGUAUCGUGGUAAUUCACUUUUCUAAUUUGCAACACUCAAAUCACUAUCAGUUGCCUACGAAAUAAAUAAAUGCCCGCUUUGCCUGUAUAAGCUGUCAGCCUGAAGCUAUUUAUCUCCAUAUAAGAUUCCGAUUGUCACAAUAUUUGUGUGACAUGUGGAUAGCUCUAUCUUAUUUGAUGCUUUUUAAUGAAUAGUCGUGCACAUGUCUUAUGCUGCUGUUUGGUGUGGCUGUUCUCGUGCUUCGAACAAUUUCAAGUCGCUUUUCGUGGCCUUUUGUUCUGAUGCCCCUGUGCAUGUAUUGUCACGAGAAUAAAUAAACUUCAAUCCAGCA